CAAUUCAAAAGUUGAAGCGUUUCAAAUUUUUGAUCUCACUAAAAAAGCUUGGUUUGUUUGCCACACCCUUGCAUUGAUGAGAAAUUAAUGUUUGAAUAAAUCUAAAACAAAGCUUAGUUAAAAACUAUAUGUAGCAUACUUUAGAAAAAGCCUCAUUCUUAAUCGUGGCCAACUUUGAUUAAAAUGGCCAAGCGCAUAUCACAAGCAGUCGUAUUUUUAUUGUUUACAUGUUUUGUAACUGUUCUACCUCUGGAAUGCUACGUUUGUGAAAACCAAGAGGACAACAACGAGAAGUGUACAAAAACUUUGAAAAUUUGUGAAUAUAAUCAAGAUGUGUGCUUAACGGAAAUUAAAUGGGGUACCACUCCUUAUUGGUCACAGGGGGCUUUAAAACAAUAUUACGUGUCAAAACGUUGUUCAAACAAAACUGAAUGUGCCACCAUAAGGCAACGUAACAUGCCCUAUUGCACACAUAUUUGGUACCAAGAUUGGCGUUGCUCAGACUGUUGUCAGGGGGACAGAUGUAACUACUAUGUUAUUAAUGCAAGUGGGAUAAUCAAGCCAACAACAAAUAGUAUGCUGACAGUAAUAUUGUUAUUUAUGAUAAGUUUUAAUUUUCUUUUAUAAAAAGGAAACCAGGUAAAUUCCUAAAUGUUAUACAAUUUUCAUAUAAAACUUAAUAUCAUAAAAUGAAGUAUAAUAAUAUUAAGUGAACUUUUGUGCACCAAUUUCUUAUGUAUAGGUGUAUUUUAGAUGAACACAUUUAUUUGACUGAAAUGUUAUUAGUGUAUUUACAAAAUACUUAUAAUUUCUAGCAUUUGGGUGAAACACCCAUAUAAGAGUUCUUUAAGCUGAAAACAUUGCAAUCGGACUUCAUAAAUUUGACUUGUACUAAUAUUUAUAAGACAACUUGACGGCAAACAGUUUAAAAAUUAAUGAUAUUACAAUAUAAAAUAUUUACUGAAAAGGAGCCUGUGAUGCCACUAAACCUUACAGAUGUAUGGGAAAAGUUUUCAGAAGCUUUACAAUAAUUAAUCAUCCGUCCAUUUAGAAUUUAAGUGAUAUGGUAUUUUAUUAUUAAGAAAAAUGCAGCUAUGAUUGUAAGUUUAAAACAUUUUAUACCAUUUUAUA